AUGGUCCCCACGGAAGCCACAAGCCUAAUCCUUAACCCGUCAGAUGACUACGGCUACGAUGGCACGCCGCCCAUGGAGUAUGACACCAACUUGACGGACUACUUCUGUGAGAAAAGCCACGUCAGGCAGUUUGCGGGCCACUUCCUCCCGCCCCUGUACUGGCUCGUGUUCAUCGUGGGCGCCGUGGGCAACAGCCUCGUCAUCCUGGUCUACUGGUACUGCACGAGAGUGAAGACCAUGACUGACAUGUUCCUUCUCAAUUUGGCCAUCGCUGACCUUCUCUUUCUCACCACCCUGCCCUUCUGGGCCAUUGCCGCCGCUGACCAGUGGAAAUUCCAGACCUUCAUGUGCAAGGUGGUCAACAGCAUGUACAAGAUGAACUUCUACAGCUGCGUGCUGCUCAUCAUGUGCAUCAGUGUGGACAGGUACAUCGCCAUCGCGCAGGCCAUGAGGGCGCAGAUGUGGAGGCAGAAAAGGCUCCUGUACAGCAAGAUGGCCUGCUUUACCAUCUGGGUGAUGGCGGCCGCGCUCUGCCUCCCGGAACUCCUGUACAGCCAAGUCAAGGAUGAACACGGAAUUGCUAUCUGCACCGUGGUCUACUCCAGCAAUGAGAGUACCAAACUCAAGUCGGCUGUCUUGACCCUGAAGGUCAUCCUGGGCUUCUUCCUCCCCUUUGUGGUCAUGGCUUGCUGCUACACCAUCAUCAUCCACACCCUGAUCCAGGCCAAGAAGUCCUCCAAGCACAAGGCCCUCAAGGUGACCAUCACUGUGCUCACCGUCUUCGUCCUGUCUCAGUUCCCCCACAACUGCGUUCUGCUGGUGCAGACCAUCGAUGCCUAUGCCACGUUCAUCUCCAGCUGUGCCCUCUCCAUCAAAAUUGACAUCUGCUUCCAGGUCACUCAGACCGUGGCCUUUUUCCACAGUUGCCUGAACCCUGUUCUCUACGUUUUUGUGGGUGAGAGGUUCCGCCGGGAUCUUGUGAAGACCCUGAAGAACCUGGGCUGCAUCAGCCAGGCUCAGUGGGUUUCAUUCACGAGGAGAGAGGGAAGCCUGAAACUGUCAUCUAUGCUGCUGGAGACAACCUCAGGGGCUCUCUCCUUCUGA